CAAACAGUUCAACAUUUUGUACUUACUUGCUGAUUUAAGACCAACUUUAGGCUGCUACUCUGAUCCAGUGGUCAAAUCACCAAACAUUGAUCAGCUAGCAUCUGUGAGCACAGUGUUUUAUAACGCCUAUGCACAGUAGGGUGUCUUUCCUAACAAGUCGAAGACCAGACACCACAAAGCUGUAUGACUUCAACUCAUACUGGAGGGUUCAUGCGGGAAACUACACUACACUCCCUCAAUACUUCAAGUCUAAUGGAUACAGUACCUUUUCAGUGGGCAAAGUCUUUCAUCCUGGCAUUGCCUCCAACCACUCGGAUGAUUACCCGUACAGCUGGUCUGUACCGCCGUAUCAUCCACCCUCUUUUAAAUAUGAAAAGAGGAAGGUUUGCAAAGAUAAAGACGGCACACUGCACAGUAAUUUACUGUGUCCCGUGGAUGUGUCCGAGAUGCCUUUAGGAACCCUUCCUGACAUGGAGAAUACAGCAGAGGCCGUACGACUCCUGGACUCUAUGAAGGACGCUCAAAAUCCAUUCUUCCUGGCUGUUGGCUUCUAUAAGCCUCAUAUUCCUUUCAGGAUCCCACGGGAGUACCUAAAGCUCUAUCCUAUUGAGAGUAUGACGCUGGCUCCAGACCCAGAUGUUCCUAAGAAACUUCCUGAUGUGGCCUACAACCCCUGGACUGACAUUCGUAAGAGGGAAGAUGUUCAGGCGUUAAAUCUGAGCUUUCCUUAUGGCCCCGUUCCUAAAGACUUUCAGCUGCAGAUCCGACAGCACUACUUUGCCUCAGUGUCAUAUGUGGAUGCUCAGGUUGGAAAAAUUCUGCAAGCCCUUGAUGAUUUCGGCCUCGCCAAGAACACUAUAGUGGUGUUUAGCUCCGAUCACGGUUGGUCAUUAGGAGAACAUGGUGAGUGGGCCAAAUACAGCAACUUUGAUGUGGCCACCCGAGUGCCAUUGAUCGUGUACAAGCCAGGUGUGACCUCACCUUUCUCUCGGCCUGGGGAGAAGACGUUCCCCUUCAUCGACGUGUUUCAGGGCACACGGGAGCAGUUUGGCAAAGGUCAAGGAGUUGAGAGCGUGGUGGAGCUGGUGGAUGUUUUUCCCACGCUGUCGAACCUGGCUGGACUGCGUCCUCUGCGCCACUGCCCCUCGCCAUCCUUUAAGAUCGAGCUGUGCACUGAGGGCUCAAGCCUGGCCCAUCUCAUCCGCAUCCCAGAAAGAGACCUUAACAGAGAAGCCUACUCAUUCAGCCAGUACCCUCGGCCCUCAGACUCCAUCCAGGAGAACUCUGACCUGCCCGACCUCGCCGAUAUCCGCAUCAUGGGUUACUCAAUUCGCUCCACUGACUACCGGUACACCUUAUGGGUGGGCUUUGACCCGCUCCACUGUCUCCCUAAUAUGACGGACAUCCACGCGGGAGAAAUGUACCUCCUGGCUGAAGACCCGGGAGAGGACAAUAACGUGUUUGAUGAAUUUGACCACGCCACAGUAUUGCAUAAGCUUGGCAUGCUGCCGUCAUGGACAGAGAGUUUAAAGCAUCAUUUACUGUAUCUCAGCAAUGGUUUGAAAUCAAAAGGGAUUAUGUGAUUCUAGUUUGUCAGUAAAGGGAAAAUUAAUGUUACAAAACCUGUCAAGAAUAUGUCUGGACAUGCUUCAUCAAAAACUGAAAGGAAAAUUAAGCCUAUUUUAGGGAAAUCAAGAUUUUUUUUUUUUUUUUUGCUUUCUGACAUAUUGUGAUGAUAAUAAGUAAAUAACCAAUUCUCAUUAUCAUAAUAACUUCGCAUUCUCAUCACUGUAAUGUGAAAAUAUAAUUUAUUAUAAAAAUGGUAAAGCAAAUUGUUACUGCCAUUAAUUUAUUCUGAUUUAAAUGAAAAUGUAUUGCAGUACAUUUUAUUUUGCACUAAAAAUACACCAAUUUUAGAAGAAUAAAAUAAAAAAGGAUAAAAUUGUACAAAUACUUUUAAAUCAGAAUAUAUUAAAGACAGUGUAACACAUUUAUUUUGAUUUAAGUAAAACCUCUAUUGCAAUAUGUUUACUACAUUACAGCGAUGAGAAUUUUAUCAGAAUAAAAAGAAUUUAAAAAAAUGCAAAAGUAAAAUUAGGAAUUUCAGCUAAAAUGUGCUCAAAAAAUAAUAAAGGUCUUGAAAUAUGCCCAGGACAUGUUUUUGUGAGGUUUAGUCAAAUACAAAUGUACAGUAUGUUACAUAAUCAAGAAAAUGAUCUUUAAUAGCAUUAUAGUACCUGUUUUGCAUUUACAGUCAUAUUUUAGCAUUAAAGGGAUAGUUCACCCAAAAAUGAAAACGAUCCCAUGAUUUACUCACCCUCAAGCCAUUCUAGGUCUUUCAGACAAACACAAUCGGAGAUAUAUUUAAAAAUAUCCUGGCUCCUCCA